CGUACCUGCGUAUUACUUUUGCAUUAGCAGAGACUGGGAGUGAUGAACCGUAACACUGCACAUUGGAAAUAACUGGAUAACCACUUUUCUCUAGCUAGCUGACUGACUGGCUAGCUAGUUACCUGAGCUUUGUUUUCUAGAUUUUGCACUCUUUGCUUGCCUGGGCCACUGCCUCCCUGUUGGCAUUGUAUGAAAGACAGAUCUUGUGACUGGAUCACACAGCAUCACUCUUCACUGCUCUGCAAGAAUCCCCCUGAAAGUAGCAUCGGUUCCAGGACAACAGUGGCAAUGCUGUCCAGGCAUUGGUGAGUGGUGAGCAUGGUCCAGUCGCACCAUGGCUAGCACCCUGAGCAGCAGCCUGGACUCACGGGCCACACUUCGAGGCCUGGCCUCCAUCAACCCUGGCGGCCCCUCCGCCCGCAUCGAGUCCUACGAGGGUGGCGAGAAGAAGUGCAUCUCUGACGUCAGGAGGACCUUCUGCCUUUUCGUCACCUUUGACCUCCUCUUCAUCACCUUGCUGUGGAUCAUAGAACUGAACGCUGUGCUUGUAAAUAACGAUCAAAGAUCAGGGCGGGAGAAGGUAAAUGGAGGAAUCCAGAAUCAGUUGAAUAAAGAGGUCCUUCAUUAUGACUACCAUGCCUCCUUCUUUGAUAUAUUUAUCUUGGCUGUGUUCCGUUUUGCAGCCCUCAUCCUAGCCUAUGCUGUCUGCAAGCUGCAGCACUGGUGGGCCAUCGCGAUAACCACGGCAGUCACGAGUGCCUUCUUGAUAGCUAAAGUUAUUCUUUCAAAGCUUCUCUCGCAGGGGGCCUUUGGGUAUCUUUUGCCCAUCAUCUCCUUCAUCCUGGCCUGGAUUGAGACCUGGUUCCUGGACUUCAAAGUCCUUCCACAAGAGGCAGAUGAUGAAAACAGGUUGUUGUUGGUGACAGACACCUCAGAGAGGGCACCCCUCAUGCACCCUGGCCCUCUGUCGGACGGGCAGUUCUAUUCCCCUCCAGAAUCUAUUGCAGAUUCUGAUGAAGAUAUUGAGGAAAAGCAUGACCAUGAGAAGCCAGUCAUUUAGCAGCAGUGGUAGAGAAAUGGAGGAGGAGCCCAUGGUGGUUGACAGCUAGAAUCAGCCCAGUGACGUGAGGGCUGGCUCAGAGUUCAGCGGCACUGGCCCAUGGUCUGCAGUUGCCUUGGUUACUACUAUCCUCUCCUGUCACGGAAGGUCACACUGCCUUACAACUGCUACCAACCUCUACAAUGUUUUUUCUGCUUGUGGUCACUGCACUAACCUCUACUGCAGCCAGACCUAACCUUUUUCCCCUGGCAUGGAUGAAAACGAGGUGUUUUUGUGUUUUUUUUUUUAUUUUUAUUUAAAUGAAAUAGUAACACUCUACAAAUGAUUUUAGAACCAGUGUUGUGGCACAUGCAUAAGCUGUUCCUGAUGUUUACAUUUUAUAUGGUUAUUAUUUCCAGUUCACACACAGGCCUAGUGAACACUUAUGUGGAGAGUUCAGAUGCUGCAGUGCAGUGCACUCCAGUCUCAUGCAUGCCUCCAGCAGACCUGCUCUUCUAUCUUAACAUCUCUUUUUGUAGAACAUCUGUCUCAAGUACUGGCAUUUGUUUUUUUAUGGUUUAUUUAUUAUUAUUGUCAUUACGUGAUGUGUAUUUUGAAUUUAACAUCAUGAGCUUGGCAUAGGCAUUAUAUCUGCAUGUGUAUAUAAUGAUCCCAUAUGCUGCAAAUAUUGUCUGUCUCAUAGUACAACUGAAAAGUGCUUUGCUUUUUAUGAAACACUUUAACCUUGCGUCUCUUCUGAGACUCUGCCUGAAUCCCACAUGCAUAGCAGGUGUUGUUUAUUGUACACGCAUCAAGGCAGUUGACCAAAUCUGACUGAGAAAAGACAAGGAAGAUCUGGAAUCACCAGAAAGUCAACCAUGUAAAGCAUUGCACUGUCUUUGGUGUGUUGAUUGGAGGAUUUUGAACAGUAAUGAGUGCUUCUGAAACACACUUAAUUUUGAUAAAAUCAGGCAUCUCUGAAGGGUAUGUGCAGUCCACCUUUCCCCUAUCAUAUCAAACUCUGUAUACUCUUAAUUAUCGUGUGUAGUUAUCCUAUAUAUAAGCAUGGAAAAAUCAGUUACAGCAGCUCCCAUUAAAAAAUCAUCUGCUGGAUGUUUUACAAUUAUGAAUCAUAUGCACAAUUUAAAAUGAAUUUAAAAUGAAGUUUACUUUAAAAAUAACCUCAUAUGAACUCACUCACUGCAAAUGGCUUGCAUCAGUAUAUCAUGUAUUUACAAGGUACCACUAAGAUUGAACACCUGUGAUUAUUUAAUAUUUUGCUAUCUCUUAGUCUGCACUACAAUUUUAAAGUAAUCAGGAAUUUUGCCAAUUUAUA